AUGCUGCACAUCAAGAACCCCAAACGCUACAAGACCUCGAUCCGCAUACACGAUCCUGAUAACCCGCGACUAUGGCGCGCUGUCGUCAAAACGACGCAUACCGACCUCCGAUACAGCUUUAGUGCUUCCACGACAAGACGUUUGAUGCAGCAGGGCGAUCAGGAACGGGCCGCAGCCAGACGCAGGGCUGCCGGUGUAGGCCCUCGCGAGACCACCCCGGACCCCUUGGCUGGGGCGGCCUCGGGCUCGCACCCCGAUAACGAUUACAACGAUUACAGCGACUACAACCAUAUCGACCAACGUGAUUAUGGGGGUGAUAACGGACCCGGUAGCUCUCCGGGCCCCUCUGACUGUAAGUGGCCUUACUAAGGGUUACUCUUACACUUCCAUACGGUUCUCAGGCCUCGCGCUCACAUCCGCAUCAUCCGUCCAACCGACUCUAGACACGAGCCAUCAGCAACUAGACUUGUACGAUCGAGCGCUAUCGGAUUCUUACUCGUUCUUAGGAGCUUUUGCUGAAAUGUCAUGGGAUUCAACAUUUGUCUCUGCUGCAGAUCUUUCUCGACUGGACGCCCCCUUCCCCGCAAGCGAGUGCCUCCUCGUCGGGCAGUCCGAAGUUAUGCCCUGAAUACCUGGCUGGCGAUCACGAAUUGGAGAUGUGUGGUGCGCAAGCUGGUGGAUGACUUCCUGACAGCCAUAGAGGAUGAUCGAGAAUACGUUCCGCUGCAAAGCGUGCCUCUGGGCUCGAACAAGGCUAUGGAAGUCAUUUUGAUCGACUUCUCUGGUGAGUUCAAUUGAUCGGUUUCCGCGCAUUGAUGAGUACCUCGGACAGCUGUAUGCCGGCAUAUUUUGCUCACCGACGCUGCUGUCAUGACGAGCCUGACAGCACAUAAGAAGGUUUCAUUUGUUCCAAGCAACAAAGGCGCGAUCUCCGAUCUCCUGGCAGCUGGCUACAUGCCUGCAACGCCAGUCGCACCACGAUAUGCUUUCUUCAUUCCGUUUAUCAAGAUCCACAUGGCUUACCACUACGUCGCGAAAGCGACGCCUUAUGCUGGAGCAAAUCUGCUAGAGGCAAAUCACCGGGUGAGCACCAUCACUUUGAGUAGGGUUCGCAACAUGUACACUAUCGAAGGCGCUGACACGCGCGCCACGGCUGUCAUUUCAUGCAGACGCGCAUGUCAGCUCACCUGUCAAAACGGUUCUCGGACGCAUUGGCUGCCUUCCGACUUUUCGUGGCUUACAUCGAAAGCGCAAUCCCUCCAACCAGGCAGUUUGCAAUGAGGUGUCCUGCAUGCCAGCACAAAGUGAGAGACCAGAUGCUGUGCUAGGCUUCCACCUCACUCAUGUGCCUUUGCCGGACUCUUCAAACUUUAGAUUCAAGAGGAGCCUCCACUGGAGUACACCGCCCAAGUCGCGAUUGACGGCAAUGCCUCGCAAAAACGUCUGAAAACACGGUAUUCUAAACUUGGACAGCACAUUCACCCCGACAAGCACACCUUUCCGUCAAAGCUGUUCAUUCCGCCGGAGAUUGUCGACGAAAGCGAGGUCAUAGCUGUAAGUAUGUUCGUGUUUACUGGGCUCAAAAUUCUUUUCAUUUUUCAGUCUGAAAUGUCUUCAUUUGAACUUCUCUAGCCGCUAAUAUUAUCACCACUUGCCCUUCGCAGACUCGUAAAGGUAAAGGCCGUCGUAAUGCUGCAAGUGAGCAGAAGGCCGAAGGAGACAAAGGCGCUUGCGCAUCAAAUUGGACAGCUGCACGGUCUGACCAGGUGCGUCGGUUCUACUCGAUGGCGCCCCUGUUUUGGCGGCAGCGAAUUGACUUUGACGUGUAUUCAGAGUGGUGGGGCCCUCCCAGACUUGGACGAGACUGGAAUAGUUGCUGCCGUAUGUCGCCAUGGGGUCGUUUUGGCGGCAUGCGACAUGAUCCAAAGCGGAGAGAGGUGAACUCGUUGCGAGGCUGACAGCCCCGCUCGGCUUCCAACUGACGGACAUGCUUGGCUCUGGUGCAGAUCAAAAUACCCGCUGGCCCUGAUCAAACGAGUGCGCGACGCAUUCUCACCGCGCGAUCGCCUGUUAAUAGGCUAUGACAUUGGCUGUGUCUUCACCAAGACGUUCGAGACAGCGGAGUCGAUUGAGAAACGCCAACGUGACCCCGACGCCUCAAGACCUUCGGGGGAAGCGGCUGCCAACCCGGCCGUGGCUUUUUGUUGCGGAGUCUGGCACGGAUAUACUCAUAGCCGCCCAUGCCAGGUAAGUCUCGAGCUCUAUAGAAUUUGCGCAUCACAAUUCAGCCGUACUUAUACGAUUCUGUCAAUAUACGACGGUGCUUCUACAGCUACAAUUCCACCCACGCUUUAUGGACGCCGCGGGACUCGAAGACUUUGAAGGCUGUGAACGGCUCUGGUCCUUCCUCAACGGUUUUGCCGCGUCAACGCGCCGAGCAACGAAGUACAAUCGUAAAAGCACUCUUCAUCACGCCAUCAUGUACUCAAGCCUUCGGGUUCUAUUGCGUCUAGGUCAGUCAGUCGCUGUUCAUUGCUCGGCUGCCCAACCUAAAUGGUAUUCGCGCCUUCGCCUUUAGAUACUUGGCUGUCAGAUCGUUGGAAGUCCGCGUCGGCGCAAGCAAUCGCCAGCCUUGAGGCGAUCAGCUUGCUGGCUGAAAACGUUACCUCGCAAGACGCUUGUGCGGACGCGGGACAUAUGUGGCUCGAGCAAGAGCGUCGAUACUUCAUGCACAAUGCCUCGCCUCCAUCAAGCAAGCUGACUGCGAAAGGUUUGCGGGAGAAGGAGCUUUUGGAAGCGCUUGAGAACCGUGACAAGAUGUUGAAAAAGCAGAAUUCGGGGUGAGUCGAUCCCGGUCGAGCCUCUGAGUGACUCUUGACUAGCUCUGAUUCCCUUUAACAACUCGACAGCGUCCCACGCUCCCGCGGGGGCAUGGUCGCUUUAAGCAUCGCCAACUACACGAGCGCGAUCGCCGAGCUAAUACAGGACGAGGUUCUGCAACUCACCGAAGAGGACCGCGAGGAUGUUGAACGGUUGGGCCUCGGUUGGCGCGGAGUCGAAGAGAUCAGAGCGCGAGGAGUCGCGCAAAGGAUCGAAGAACUGUUGGCCAAGCUCGAGCGUGACUUCUUGGCAAUGAUCCUCGAAGCUGAAGCUUUGAAAAAUCGCAGUCAUGGCAUUGGAACGAGUGAGUGGCUGGGUUGACUCUGACUCCAGCUCUCCGAUUCUAAAUGCUGACUGACUCCUCUGACGUGAAUCCGGUUCUGCAGACUACGAUACGCGCAACAGUGACACCGCUCGAAAGCGUUACAAACGCGUUGCCGCGUCUCUCACCGAGUACAACAAGCUGGCUGAAUCCUGCAAUCGGAGACAGUAUACCUUUGAAGAAGUACGUUAUCCACACGAAUGUUCAUUUGUCGUCCUGCUCAUUUCGUCUGUGUCCGUCUGUGUCCGUCUGCAGAUGAAACUCCUCGCCAAGGACGGCAUGCUUCGAACUGGCUCGAACCUCGGUUGGGCGUCCUCCAUCGCCAGAAGUGUGACAGCGGCAGUGUCGCGACGCGAGAGAGCUCUGGAGGAGCAGGCUCGAUUACAGCUUGAGUACCAGUACGUUGCGUCAUUGUUUCCAAUCAUACUUUUUGACUGACUACUAUUGAUUCUGCUGACCUGAUAGACGAGUAUGGGAGUGGGCCCACGAAAAUUUCCAGUACUGGGACAGCUUGGCUUCGACCUCGGCUGAACCUCAACGACGCGACCUCGAUCCACCUGAUGAGGAUGUUCAGCUGCCCGCCUGGAAGAAGAGUGCUCUCUCUGCGAUUGCAGUCCACAAGUGCCAGGAGCUUCGUCAACUCAUUCAGAGCUUGGAUCGCCUGCGAAUGUCGAAGCGAACGCAAGGAUUGUGCCUUCUGGGAGACCUGUCCAAAAUCCGUGCUCGGGGACCCACUCCGCCUCCUGGCUCCAACGUCGCGACGCCGACUUUGGCGUCCGACGACAAUCCGGCCGACUACGAGGCUGACGACGACCUUGAGGAAAUCAUACGAGCACUCUCCGAGCAAGUGGAUGUAAUUCAGGGGGAAGCUGAGCUCGACGCAGAUCCUGAAGUUCACCUCAGCCGAGCUGCCGGUGUUGACGACAACGACUUAGACAUUGAGUACGAAGAGGGAGGCAGUGAGGAAGAAUAUGCGCUGGAGGAUGAGCUUGAAGAACCUUGGUGCGAGGACGGCUGUGAGGAUGACCAAGAAGAAGAGGGCGACAAAGAGGCCGACCCAGAACAGGACGACCAAGAGAAGGACGAUGAUAACGAGUAG